AUGGUACCAUGAAACUUAAAAAAACAAAAACAACAACAAACAAAAUACGCUUUUAAAUUUGCUUUGAGUUUAGGACGCUAAAAUAUUAUCUUUGGUCUCUAGCUAUCAUUAGCCUAGACCUACUCACUACUCACCUAUUUUUUAACACUGAGCUGAAGAGCUGGAGCUACUGAGAGACUGGGUACCCUGAGGCCGAGGCCUGCCUUGAGUGUCACAGACAGUGUCACUGAGUUUGCCCAUUACUACAUUAGUCAUUAGUACAUUUCAUUAGUUCAGCCAUUUACUUACUCCUAAGUCAUUGGUCAUUAGUACUUCAUAUUUUACUGACUUUAUGAUCAAAGUCAAUGGUCCACGACGUAACUGACCACCGAUACUGACUUUGUCCCUUCUCUGACUUAAACUUACAGAAGUCAUAUUUAUUUUUAUACAGUAAUACACUGCCGAACUUCAUCUAAGACUUUAAGACUAAGUAGUAAGAAUUAAGAUGACUAUGACGAUGACUUUAUUAAUAUUAAUUAUAAUUAUAUGGCAUACAUGAUAUUAAUAUAGGCCUACCGGGUAAUUAGUAAUAUAAUAUACUGAGAUAAAUCUUAAUCAUACAUUUUAUAUGAUGAUUAACUUUAACUAUUAACUUAUAAUUGUAUCAGUCAAUAAUGAAGUGCAAUAAUUUUUUAAUAAUAGUACAUUUUAAAUUCUAAUGUCUAAUGACAAAUGUGAUAAAUUACUCUCAUUCUCAUCAUUGAAAUAAUUGAAUGAUUGAUCAUGAAAAUGAAAUGUUAGUGUUAGAACUAUUAAUUACCUAUCUGUCUUUGACUCUACAGUCUACAGUUUGAGUUACAGUCUAGGCCUAGGCUUAUAACUUAUGCCAUACCAGUAUCCCAUAAAAAUAUUAAUUAGGAAAUACAAGUACAAGGUUUGGCAAACUUUUUAAGCCAUUGCCAUUACCUUUAUCAUUACCCCGAAAUAUAUUUGUUUAUGCCAACGUUAGCCCCUUGAUUUGAAAGGAUGAAAAUCCAAUGGUUUAUUGAAUUGUUUUAUAUGUAGAAUAAAAUUAUAAUUAUAAAAUAUAUUUGAUCAAAUAAAAUGGUACUGGGUAUGAUACAAAGAACAAACAAAUUUCUUUGAAAUUAUUUUCACUAAACUUAAACAUUUUGGAAAAGUGAUGAUUUUUUAAAAUAUGAUGACAUCAAAAUUUAGGGUCUUAAUAUCACGGAAAUGUGGAUAAUGUCUUUGGGGUUAAAUAAUUGAUGUUUCUUUUUAAGUUUAUAAGAGUGGAAAAUCCUUCUUUACAAUCAGUGGUAAGUUGUUGGGAAGGCCAUCACUUUUUACUGCUUCCUCGUGAGCAAUUUAUGGAAGUUUUUGAAUCCAUUGACAUUUUUAGCAUAAGCAGGCAGCCUAACAGGGGGUGGGGGGGGGGGUGUAGUGACACUCUUACAGGGAAAUAGAAAAUUUGAUAGAGCUUGAUCAAUCAGAUCUUAGUUAAAUUUAAAUACAAGAGCAGUGUGUCACCAUAGCAGGGUGCAAUAACUUAGGAAAGGGUACCAUGAGAGCAGGUUGUCAGCAGAGUAGGGUAUCCCCAGAGCUGGCAAACUCAGAGAAUUUCCAUGGGGAAGUCUUUGUAAUAACAACUCUAAUAACCACAGCACGUUUGGUGCAUUUCUCUACUAAAAAGGCCAGACACAGUGUGGUCAUUUAAGAAAGAAAAGAAUGUGCUUUAAAUUUAAAUAUAAUUUUAUUUGAGCUCUCAUUGCCCCAAGAUUUUAAUUUUUACCCCAUUUGGGGUAAUUAACCCCAGUUUGCCAACUCUUGUCCUAUAUGUCAAUGCCUAUACGGUAAUGUUACUGUAUUUGUAGUCAGAGACAUAUUCGAUACCUAAAUACCAGCCCCAGUAAUUCUAACAAUAGAGUAUAAAACUAUAAGAUAUAUAUAUAAAUACUAUGAAAAAAAAUCAACAUGUGAUUCUAUGAUUAUCAGUUUGAAAAAUACUAUGAUGAUCUCUGUGAUCAGUUGUAUUAAAUUACUAUAUCAUAUAUCCAUUAGCAAAACAAAUAGUGCCAUAUAAUUUUUUAAAUUAAUAGGCCAAUGCUAAGAAGGUACUCUUUAUACCCUGCCCCUCUCGCUGACCCUAUGCCUAUUCAUUACUAUUGUUUAAUUACAAAUUCUAUUACAUUAGUGAUCAUUUUGUAAGUAGGCUAAGGCUAAUAUAAAAAUCUUUUAAAUUCUUUUUUCAGUUAUUAAGAUUUAAUUUUAAUAUCUGACAAAAAGCCCAUGAAUCAUAAUUUGCAGAAUGAUGUUCAAUUCAACUUCAAAGAUUUCAGACAGAGAUUGAGAAGGACUUAUCUAACUGCAGGCCCCCUUUGAUCUCUGCUUUUUGACAGUUAAUAGUUAUUACAAAAUUAAAUUGGAUACCGGUAAUUAUCAAUCCAAGAAAGGAAAAGAAAAGCAUCAGUUAGGUCUGAGUGGAAGGAAGUGGUGAGGCAAGCCAAAGCUCUACACGGGCCGUAGUGCCAUAGGGAUGGAUCUAUAAUUAUCAGUUUAACAAGGAACUGUACAUAUUAGUUGAUCUGAAUGAAACAUAUAUUUAACUUUAAGCUUAAGUUUGAAAAUGGACAAAGAAUAACAAAAUGAAGCGGAAAUAUGAAGGCAAUGAGGCAAGAAGAACAGAGGAAAAAAGACAAUGCACUGCUAGUGAAAGUGUUCUCAAUACCUGGCCUCGUUUGUAUGACAAAGCAUUCCCUCAUUUUAAAGAACCAGCAGAAAUUGGAUUCUUUAGCUAUGAUGAGAAGAGACAGUAUCAAAGGGAUAGAAGUCAGUUGCGGGUGUUUGCACCACCAGAUGAUCGAAAUACUUGUAACUUUGAUUUAAGGAAAGGUUACUCAAAGAUGAUAAAAAAAGACGAAACUGUUCAGACGCAUUUGGAUGGCAUUUUGCAUUGGAUCAUGAAAAAUAAAGAGCUGCUUUUGGUCACCCCAAACAAAAAUCUUGAUAAGACCGAGAUUACAAAGAAAGAGUUAUUUCACAGGUAUCUGGAACUCUUACUCUUACUACCGUCUCACAAUUUUCUAAUAACAGUUACUUUACUGUACUUAGCAAACUUAUUUAAUUAUUUAAUGAUUGAUUUGAAAUAGGAUACAACUAAGUCUCUUAAACUGAAACUCUUUUCCACAACAACUGUGUAAUUAUUUCAUCAAGAUAUUUAAGUUGGUGAACAAUAAAACAAAUUCCAUUUUGCAAUUUCCCAGACAUAAGUAUGAUUUUGUAUGUUGGAGAGGUCUUCUGACUCGAUUGCUCUGUGUUCCAUAUGAAAAUCAAGAAGAUUUACUAGUAGCUGUUAUCUACUUUAGAGGCACAUAUUACAUGUGUGAGUUUGAUACUGAGACCAAAAAAAAGCAAAAAGAGAAGACAACUCCCAAACAAGAGGAGAUGUGUGCCUGGGGAUUUAAAUUUGAGCAGUAUGUCACUGCAGGUAUUUGCCUUUAAGUUUGUUUAGAUAGCAAUGACACCUGAUUAUGGGAAGUUUUGAUGGUUAAAAUUAUGAUUACUAUAGCUGUUAUUAGUAUUAUAGGUAAAGAUAUAUUAGAUGAGUUAAUAAAGUCAUUUAAUCUAAAGCUUGGGAUUAAGAAAUUAGGGGCUAUCCUUAUAACACUGAGGGGGUUAUUGAUUCUGGAGAUUUUGCUUACGUAUGCUUAUGGCUGGUGGGGGUUUGGAGGUGGGGGGACAGAAAGAAUCUACAUUUAUUCAUACCCAGUACCAAAUAAAAUAAUUAUCCUGAAAUAAUGAAAGCCCAUAAAUAGCCUAUUUAUAUUGCUAAUGCAAAAAAAUAUCAGGCAGUGUUUUGUAAUUGUCGUUAAAAUAUUGCUUUGUGUUUUCACAAGUGAACACGCUAGAUUUCGCAUUAGUGGUAUGGUAACAACAGUGAUAAUUAGUCCACCAUUCGCUUUUUAAGCUAUCACAAACAAUUUCACAUGUGUGUAGGAAGUGUGUUUGUGUGGGGAGGUGGUGGGUCCACGAAUUUGUGUUGAAGUUUGGUACAUGUACCGUAUAUAAUUUGUGACCAUAAGGGGGUUUGGCAAAGGAAAAAAAUCUGCUGAAAUAGUAUGUCAUCAUUUAUGGGAUGGCUCUUUUGUAUGUUCCAUAUAUCAAAGAGUGGUGAAAACUGUGACACAUUGUUUUACUGUGGCAUCAUAAUUAUGUAUAAAUAAAUUAAUUUUUGUGGUGUUUUGUUUUGUGGGUGGGGGAGGGAGGGAAACUUAUUAUAUGGAUGAAUAGGGGGGGGGGGGGGUAGGGGUUUGUAUAAAAAGUAUGUGUGCAAUAGAAGGAAUUUUUACUUUUCUGUGUGUAUGUAUUACUGGUACCGGUAUAUGGAUGGCCCCUUAUAGGUAUUGAUAAUUAACACUUUUAAAAUGGCUUACUUUGUUAUAUACUUAACAACUUUUUCCAAAGAAUUUAUUGCUAUUUUUUAUUUUCGCAGAUAAGACUGGAGCUGUUCCAAAUGCAGAGUUGCCCGUAAACACCAAUGCGGAAUUUGGCAGCAUUGUUUGUAGUCGUCUUGCAAAUCAUUCAUUGAGUAAAUGUUUUUUUCAGCAUACUAUAUGCAUUUCAAAUACCAGUAACUGUAUAACAAAUCUUGCCUGUUGCCUUAAUUGAAUUAACUGAAACUCUACCAUCCAUCCUCGGGUAGGUGGUCCCAAAAGGCUCUCUUAAAGGAACAAUUUAGGGAAACAUAUGGCAUGUAAAAAUUUAUUUAGAUUUUAGAUGUGCACUACAAGUAAAAACUACUUAAAAUUUAAAACCACUUGUUUUGUUUACCCAUUGUUAUACUGGUAUCUUAUAGUUUAUAGUAUAGAUCUUGCUCAAAUAUGACUGGAUAUUUAAACAUUAAAUGCUGAACAAGUGCAAUGAAUCAUUCUAUUCAGUCUUGUGGUACAAAUGAGUACCGGUUCCAAAUCUACAAACAGGUUUUUUACUCCAAUAUCAAGAGUGAGCAUUUAUAACAUCUCUCCGAGCUAUUACUUGAAGUAAAUGUGGUAGAACGAUACUUUGGUAACUUUAAACCUAGCAGUGUAUAUAGGGGUGGGGGAUGAAACUAUUUUAUACUAGCCGAUUAUAGUUAUAGUAUAGGGAUUGAAUUUUCUUUUUUAUGUAUGUAGAAAACAGUGAUGUAAAUUUUAAAAACAUUUCAUAUCCAAUUAAUUUAAUUUGCACUUAAAUUUACUAUUCACAUUUAAGAAUAUAUUUAAAUUAAAUCAUCAAUCUCUAAUGCACUAAAAUGUACUUAAACAAAAAAAACAUUUGAUUAUGUAUCCUUUAUAAUUCAUUCCCAGUAAUUUGGUAAUAAUAUUCUUAUAUAACAAAUAUUCCAUGUGUCUCUAUUCCCAACAAACAUUACCUGUUUUUUCCCUUUCAGUGUUUGGUGCAGAAGUUGAUUGUGAGGAUGUCAAUUGCAAAAAUGGCAACAAUUAUGUGGAGCUCAAAACUUCUCGGAUUAUUGAAUCUCAGAGACAGUAUGAAAACUUUUGCAGGUAUGUCAAAUUUUUGCUUAUUACUACCUUAUUAAUUAAUAUUAUUAUUGAUUGUCCUUCUCACGAUGAACCUGGCAAUUUUCUAUUUGAAUAGUAGUUAGUAGCCUUGAUUUGAGCUGUCUUUUGUUUAAAGUCUAAAGUGAGGGAAAGUUGCUCAAUUAUUCAGCGUCACUCUCUCAUCCUUGCCUAUUUGAUUUAAUGGCAAGACUUGGUCAAGAAGUAGACCAGCAUGUAGCAUAAGACCAGCAGUUUGUCUUGUGUGUGGUUAACUGUGCUCUUUAUGCAUUCUAAAUUGCAGGAGUUGUCAGAAUUGUUCAUUUUAAUUGUAUUAUAUUGUACGUAUUUGUAUCAAUGUCAUACAAUCUACUGGACUCCAUCUCUGGGUUUUUGUUUUCAGAGUUUGCCUUCUCUUAUAUGAGCUUAUAAUAAAAUUUGACCAGUACACUUAUGCCUGUACAGCAUAUUGCUGUUAAUUGUGCAAUUAAACAUAAAUAACAAGAAUAAAGAAUAUUUUUUUUUACAUAGGAAAAAAAAAACUGUGCUCAAUGGAGGGAAGGAAUAUGUAGAAUUUAUUGCAGUUAUUAUUGGUGCCCUUCUAAGUUUUACCAUUUUCUAUACCGGGUACUGUAGUGGUAAAUUUGUUUAAGUCAUGACACUGACAAAAGAAGUUCUUAAAAUCUCAUGCUUUUUUUAGAUUUAUUUAUCAUGUAUAUAAAAUAGAUUUUUUUUGUUCAAAUCCAGAUUCAAACUUUUAAAAUGGUGGGCCCAAAGUUACGUGCUUGGCAUUCCAAGCAUUGUUUGCGGAUUUCGAGAUGAUAACGGUGUUGUAAAAAAGUUGGAAGAUUAUUCCGUUUCCAAAAUACCACGCUUGGUUCAAGUAGGAUUGUAAUGUUUACAAAUUAGACAAUAAGUUACCGUAAUUAAAAUGUUCAAUUGGUAAUAGUUUUAAAACAGCCAAAGCUGUGUGGAAUAUGAGCUUAUAAGUUCUAGAUGUAGUCAGUUGGACAAUCUUGGUUGUUCCUGAAAUUAGAAUUAGUUUCAUCUGAAAUAAAAGCUGUGUUGUUAUUAUUAACGGUAUAAUGAAGAUUAAUUAAGCUACUUUUGAAUUAGCAAAUGAAAUUUGUCUACUAACAACUACAGUAUUUGUAAAAAAAAAGGGGGGUAAACUGUAUAAUAUUAGUAAUUUACUUUUUAACUUUUCUAUGAGUUGAGCUUCAUGCAUUCAUCCCAUUUACAAAAUUAUCACAAAUCUUGGGCUACGGUAUUUGAAAACAUUCCCUUAAUGAAACUGACAUUUUAAUGGAAUCAUAUUAUAUUUAUAUAUUGUUCCAUUCUCCUAUAAAAUUGUUUACUGUAACUGUAACUAACAUCCUUUUGCACAGGCUGCCUUGAAAAACCCCUGGAGACCAACAGUGUGCUUUAACUUUCUCAAUGAAUUUUUGCAGUUUGUUAAAACAAAUGUGACAGAAACAAGCGACAGGUGAGUACUAAUACCCAGUUUAUUAUGUCUGUUCAUAAAAUAAACAGUUUAACACUGUGCAUUUACACAAAUUCAAAGCACACAGGAAAUCUAAUGUGAAUGUUUUUAUAAUUAAAAUAGGCCUAGUAACUGACAAUUUUGUUAAUUUAAACUUGUGAUUUGCAUUAAUUCUUUGUUAUUUUAUGCAAAUAUUGCCAUACAUCCAAGGGCCAUCAAUAAGACACAUUCUUAUACAAAAUUAUCUGCCAUAUCUUUUUCCUAUUUGAAUGAAGUACCUUAAACCCCACUUUGAGGUCAUUCAUUUCACAUGGUUUUGAUUCAGUGAUCCAGAUUAUAUUUCAUAAUAAAUACUUUAGUUAUGUUACUACUGGUAUAUCAUUUGUAUACCCGUAUGGAUAACUUCUUUAUGAGAAACAUUGUACAGUAAUUUAACUUUAAAUACAACACAUAAUCUUCUAUCUUUUUUUUUAGAUGUGUGUAUGUAUUUAAGUGGCAGCCAGGCUCACCAGUGACAUAUCAAAGACACAGCAAAGACACAGAAUUUCACUUUUUACCUGAAUGGUUUUUCAACUGGGAUGCUUGGGAUACAGUACAUGAAAGUACAGAGAGGCUAUAGCAGGGGUCUCAAACUCAAAUCAUCCGGGGGCCACAGGAGGUAGAAUCUGAGUGAGACUGGGCGCAUCAAGUAUUCCUCACAAAAAUCGAUUACAAAUCAAUUAAGUACAACUGUUACAAUCUGCUCAACCUUGAUUAACCCUUAUUUACAGGGUAGAGGUACUUCCUCUUGCUAGUCCUAAACGAGCACCAAUCCUCCGGUUUUUUAGUAAGAUUUAGGGUUACAUUAGUAAAAAAAAUCAAAUCUAAUUUAAAGGUGUUAGUCAACAAAUUUUUGUGAAAUAAAAAGCAAAAUAAAGGAAGAUGAAUGCAGAUUUAUAAUUUUACUCACAUGUUGCUAUUAAUCCUCAUAUAAACACAAAUAUUUGCAAAAAACAACACAUUGUUUGUAAUUGUGAGUUAUCUAUCUACUAUUGACAAACACUGCCACAAAAUCGAAGUUUGUAAAAUUCAAAACUGCUUACUACCGGUACGCUGAUUUCACUAAUAUUACUAAUAAUAUAAAUAUCUAGUUCCAAUUUAUAGUCGAUUCGAGCACUUCAGUGACACUUAAUUUGAAUCCAGCGAAAUCACUUGAAUAAUCGGCAAAAUACAUUUUGAAAUCUUUUAUUUUAAACCCUUAAAUUUAAAUCUACAAAAAAAAUCAAUUAAAUACUUGUAACUGGCGCCCACUUUAUCCAGCUAUUGGAAAAACCGGAUGUAAACAAUAGGAAGUCUCGCAAAGACUCGGAGCUCACGAGUUUACAACUCUGUGUUCUCACAGAUGCUUUUGCCCGUUCAGUACUAGUACUAAAGAUGUUUUUGGUCGUUUUGCCCGGUAAAGUGUUAAUAACAAAUAAAAAUAUUAAGGGUUCUCAAGAACUAGAAUUCACUUACUUCCUCCUACUUCUUGUUGUCAGAGACCUGGCAUCACUUCUUCUUACACAGCUGAGCAAUAUUUGGCUUGAGUGAGGAAGCAACUGAGAUCCUCAGUAGAGCUUGAAGAUGUUCAUCAGUAAGUUUGGCCCUGAACAUUGGCAUGCUAAAGUUUAUAGUGGAAAAGAGUUUACACAGAUAGGUACUACCAAAAAAGGCAUAUGAUCCACUUGUACAACAUGGAAAUCUCAGGGAAGGUGGAGGGCAAUGCUCUCAUCAAUUGUCCAUGUUUUUCCAUUCACCUCCCUGAACUUAGAAUUGCACUGAAGAUCAAUCAGCUCCAUUUGAAGUGAAAAAGAAAAAAAGGCGUGGGGGGGGUGUUGUGCAGCGGCAUCUCCACAUGAAAGUAGAAAGGGUCGUUAAAAAUUUGAAAAGUGGCUUUGUGUGUUUUGAAGUUCUUCCUGUAGCUUUCCAAUGGCAUCUGUAUAAUUACUACUGGUACUGAAUAUUUUGCCCGAGUCCAUGAGUAUUUGCCUGUUGGUAUGGGCAGAGGUUGCUCUGAGAAAACUGGGCUUUCCAUAACACAAAUUUAAUGCAGAAUGCCCUGACAUUGUCAUAGGCAAAACUGACAAGCUGCCCAUGGUCUUGUAACUUCUGUUGAGUACAUUCAGCUCCUGUAUAAUGUCAACAAGAAAAGCUAAGCCCAUUUUGGAUCACUUAGUACACGUAGGUGUUAAAAGCUAAAACAUGUUUAAAUAGUAGGCAGGAGCAGGCAAUAUUUAAUGAAUUAUUGAUACGAAAGAAGAUGCUAUUGCAGGGAGAAUGAAUUUUUAAUUUAUUUUUUAUUGUAGAAAAGGCUUUUGGACCAGCCCUAUUUUGAAAGUGACCAAGCUGAUAGGCUCGGAAAUUUAUUUACUCGUCACUGGUACACACCAGCAGUAAUUUUAAUAGGAAAUUUUUUAUACUGUGUCAUAUUGCUAUGAUCUUCAAAAUUAUGGUUGUGCAUUACUCACUAAAUGACUUUUAAACUUUUUGCAAAUCCCCCUUAAAUGGUUUUUACCAUUAUAAUCAACGUCCAAAUCUAUACAAACAUAAUAAAAAUCAGACUUGACUAGUCGGUGAGAUUUGACUGAAACUGUCACGGAGGGUCACAUUAUAUAUGAGAAUGCAGAAACCUGCGGGCCCCAUUAACACUAAACUUUGCUGUCCUGUAGCGGGCCGCAAAAUAUCAUCUUGCGGGCCGCGAGUUUGAGACCCCUGGGCUAGAGAGGCAUUAGGCCUUGAGAUUUUUAAUUCACUUAAUUUUGGAUUCACUUCUUAAUUUGCACUAUAUUUGCAUCCAGGUCAUAGUGAAGCCAUGUUAUACUUAUAAGUUAUAUUAAAGGGACAUUAGAUUAUUAGAUGUAUCCAUCACAGCAUUAAAUUCCUGUACCAUCACACCUGAGAGGUUUAGUAGACGGGAAAACAAAUUAAUUCAGACUUUUUUGGCACAAUAUCACAAAUUGGAAUUAACCAAAUACUCUUAUUCUAAUGAUCAUCAAUUUUCAUGUAUGUCUUUUCAUUUACCGCAUUUUAUAUUAUCUCUAAUUUUUUUGUCUGUUAAGAUCAUAUUUUUUACAGUACCGGUAUUAAUUCUUUUACUUCCUGAAAUUUUGGUUUUGGAUAAUUCAACUUCAAAAAAAAAUCAAAAUAACAAUGAUUAUCACUUGAGUUUUUUUAAACUAGUUCCCAUUUCUUGUCAUAUUUUCAUUUGUCCUGUCCAAUGAAGAAGGCUCUGAGCCGAAAUGUCCUUAUCUUUUGAUUCAAACUUCCACAUACAUUAUUCUACUUUAUCAAAAAGCAUAUUUUUUCCCCCGUGAGCCAUCACUCAUCCUGUUAAAACCAAAUAAACUGUUCAACAAUUUAAAAUUAGGCAAUUUUAAUUGAAUUCCUUCGUAAAUGGUUAACCCAGUGGUUGGCAAGCUCAUUAGUCAAAAGAGCCGAAAAUCAGCAGGACAAUUAAAUUUAUCUAGAGCCAAAUUCUUUUCAAGAACCAUGUUUUUGAGAGUCAAAACCGAUUAGUGGCAGAGGCGCAUUCAGAUCGCUAAAGAGCCACCAUUUGCUGACCACCGAGUUAACCCGAUGGUAAAUAUAAAAGUAAAGUUGUCAAUUCUCAAGCAGAUCUCGCCAUUUUCACGGAUUAAUGUCAGUUUCAUCCUGAGUGGUAUCCUAAUGUGUAUGACCAGGGCUUUUGAGGUUUGUUGAUUUGGCUAAUAUGAAGUAGCCAGAGAGCAUAAAGAUAACUUCUUCUAUUUCCACUUAUUAUUUUUGUAUGCCAGCAAAGUGUCACUUAUGCAUUAUUAGAAUUGACUGGUGAUGGAAUAUUGUUCUUUAGCUUAGCUGUCUUCUUUCUAUAAACAUUUGGCAACACCCAAUUUUAUCUGUUUAACUUGCUAUGACAAAGAGUAUGUCCUUGCAGUUUUGUUAAUAUUAAUGGUACCGGUAAUAGUCUUGUUAAAAUAACUAUUUAUGCAACUAGUACUGGGUAAUUGAUUCAUAUAAUGUGUUUCUUAAUAACUGUCACAUAUGAAUUAAACUAAAUAUUGUGGACAAAUGUUUAUUUUUUUAACAAUGUAUAACUUGAGUAUAACCUUUCCUUUGGUUUAAGACUAAUAACAAAGGAUGCUAAAUGAUAACCUGUUGUAAACAAUUUCAACAAAGCAAUAAUUCAGAUAGUGAGC